CCAGGCUCGAUUGCUGCUGCCGUUCCGUGCGGUGGUGUACAGAGAACCAGGCCGGAGAUCGAUGUGGGUAUGUACUACGCCGCUGAAGGAGAUCUUUGAUCUUUCCCGCCGGUCAGCCAGAUUCAUGUGCACGGGGGUCGGCCGGGGCGGGUCCGAGCGUCCAAGUCGCCGGGUGGGACUCUUGACCCAGCACAGCAGCAUAUUUGACCAAGAACGAGGAACCCAGCCCCAGCUCCAUGUAUCAUAUCAUCGUCGCGGUGACCUCUCCGCCAAGGCAGGCAGCCCCUCCCCCAAGUCUCCCCGCGCCAAUAAAAGGCCAGCCGGCCGGUCCGUGCGAUCAAAGAGGAGUAUACUGUAUAGCCACAUGCUAUAGCCAUGCUCGGGAGGAGAAACAAUGGGUCGUCGACGUCGAAGCCCGGAGCGAACGGGGCGGGCCUCGCCGGCGCCGGCGCCAACACCGUCCUGACCGGUGGCCGGCAGGAGGCGGCCGCGUCGCAGUUCGUCGUGCAGCUAGAUGAGGCCGCUCGGGAGAGGCUGGAGCGCAUGAACCGGAGGCUGAGGCUGCUGGAGCAGCAGAUGGAGAUGCUGGAGGCGGAGGUCGGGAGGGCCAGCAGCACCGCAGACGGCUAGGAUGAGCACGAGCAUCGACGCACGCCGUCGGAGAGACGAUGGCUAGCUAGAAGUAAAUAGAAGCCUUCCUUUUCUUGAGCGUGGGAUUGAGAUAUUAGAUCCUGCUUGUGCGUUAAGGAAAAGUAUGGUGAUGAGUACAUCCUGUCGCUUUCGUCUCCGGUGGAAAACGGAUGCCGUUAUGGAUCUCUGAAUUGUCGCUUGUUCUAGGAUCUUCCUGUAGCAAAGUUCGUAUCGAUGGAGACAUGAUUAAAAUUCCCAGUUUAGGACGGACUGUAUCAGAUCAUCCGUAAAGCUACCCCCAACACCUUACUUAAAGCAGCUUAAAAAGACA